UUAUUCCUCUCAGUCCGCCUUUCUUCCCGCUACUUUCACGGAGCUGUCCAAACAGUAUGGUGACGUCAUGACCAUAUGGACGGGCCAGGGUCCUGCCAUCGUCCUCUCUGGGUACGAGACUAUCCGGAACGCCCUGGUCAAGAGAGCUGAAGAUUUCUCCAGUCGCAAACUACCGCCAACAAUGGCAGAUAUACGUGGAGAUGAAACGACAAAAAAUGCAGCUAAAGGUGUCCUGCAUGCUGCCUAUGGACCGCACUGGAAACACCAGCGCAAAUUCGCCCUGAUGACUCUCCGGGACUUCGGCUUCGGCAAGCGGAGUUUGGAGGGAAAAGUCAACGAAGAAGGCAACGCGCUUGUCCAGGAAAUUCUAUCGCAUAACGGACAACCAUUCGAUCUAAAAAUCAUGAUGCAAAACGCUGUCAGUAACAUUAUUUGUUCGAUUGUCUUUGGGGGCAGAUUUGAAUACGGCGACCCUGAAUUCCGACGACUGAUUCACCUGUUGAACGCGGUAGUUGAAACAAAGCCUUCUUUCAUGGACAGGCUUGGAAACAUACUCCCCGUGUUUCGGUACCUCCGUUUUAGAGGAAACUCUAUACAAGAAAAAGGGACAAAAAUGUUAGUGACUCUCCAAGAGUUCUGCCGUGAACAGAUAGAGAAGCACAGGCAGACCUUUGACCCAAACGACAUCCGGGACUUUAUAGACGCCUUUCUCCUAGAGCAGCAGCGGGCUCCGGAGGAAAAAGCUCGGGAGAACUUCACCGACAAGGAGCUGCAAGAGGUGCUGAUAGACUUGUUCUUGGCCGGUACUGAGACCACCGCCACCACCACUCGCUGGGCCCUGCUGUACAUGAUGCUCAACCCAGACAUCCAGGAAAAGGUUCAUCAGGAGAUAGACUCGGUGCUAGGGCAGAGCGCGCCGUCCUACGCACAACGGAACCAGCUGCCCUACACAGCAGCGACCCUAGCGGAAGUCCAGCGAAUUAAAGCCAUCGUGCCGCUCAGUGUUCCACACGCAGCGUCCAGGGACACCACCCUGAAUGGCUACAACAUCCCCCAGGAAGCUACGAUUUUUAUCAACCUGUGGUCCGUGCACAUGGACCCUCAGCUGUUCCCGGAUCCGAACACCUUCCAACCCGAACGUUUCCUGGAUCAGGACGGAAACUUCGUCAAACACGAGGCGGUCAUCCCGUUUGGUAUCGGCCACCGGGUAUGUCUUGGUGAACAGCUAGCCAAGAUGGAGCUCUUCAUGCUGUUCGUCUCCCUGAUGCAGCGUUUCACGUUCCACCUGCCAGAGGGCGCACCUGAGCCGUCCAUGGUGGGAACGUAUGGCAGGACUAUCAAUGUGCCUGUUCCGUUUGAAUUGUGUGCAGUUGCACGUGGUUAACUUGAACAGAAAUUUUGAUGAAAUACAAGCAGGAUUAUAAUAUAUAAUAAGCUCUUUUUGGGUUCAAAGUUUGAUUAGGAAACCUUGUGAAUGUGCAGUCUGUUUUCAAGAUCAUAACUUGGUUAAGUGAUGGGAUCAAAGAAACAGAAACACAAAUUUGAUAUUUCACCAUCUGUAAUGCUACACUGUAUAAACGUAUAUUGCUUCUUAUGUAAUACCGAUACUAAUGAUUAGCUUACUCCAUUUUCAUAUUAUAUCAAAGGAUUAUGUUAGCCCUUAUUGUUAUGUUAACUAAUAUACUAAGAUUUACUCUAUACCUCCAUUUUGUACUUGUGUACUUGUAAUGUGCAAUGCCAUUCAUUGUACCGUGUACAAUUGUCCUGCAAUUAAGUUGUAACGAGUUUAUAUGCACCGAUACCCAGUAAAAAUGUAUUGGUAGAUAUCUGUAAU